AUGGCUCAUCCUCUUCAAACACCCUCACUUGCUCAUUUCAAGCUACCUGCCAUUGAAAAUGAGCCCAUGAAAAACUAUGCACCUGGCUCUGAAGAGCGUCAAAAGCUUCUUCAAGCUCUCAAGGAAAUGAAUGAACAACCUCCUUUGGAAGUGCCUCUUGUUAUCAAUGGUGAAAAGAUCAAGAGUGGCAACACUGCCCAACAAUUCAACCCUUCGGAUCACAAGAAGGCUGUUUGCACAUACCAUCAAGCUGACGCGUCCCAAGUUAAAAAGGCUAUUGAAGGUGCCAUGGCUGCAAAGGCACAAUGGGAAGCUCUUCCUUUCAAUGAUCGUGUUGCCGUCUUCCUCAAGGCUGCCGACUUGCUCUCAUCAAAGUAUCGUUACAAGUUGAUGGCUGCCACCAUGCUGGGUCAAGGCAAGAACAUUUGGCAAGCUGAAAUCGAUGCCGCUGCUGAACUUUGUGAUUUUUGGCGUUUCAACUGCAAAUACGCUGAAGAGAUCUACCACAUUCAACCACCAAAGAAUGCAACUGGCAACUGGAACCGUACCGAAUACCGUGCCACUGAUGGUUUCAUUUUGGCCAUUUCACCUUUCAACUUUACGGCUAUUGGCGGUAACCUUCCUAGUGCUCCUGCUUUAAUGGGUAAUGUCGUCCUUUGGAAGCCAUCUCCUGGUGCUGUCCUUUCCAAUUAUCUCGUUUAUGAGUUGCUUGAAGAAGCUGGUUUGCCUCCAGGAGUCAUCCAAUUUGUUCCUGGACCUGCAGAGGAGAUCGCUACGACCGCCAUUGACAACCAUAACUUUGGUGGUCUUCAUUACACUGGUUCUACUGCUGUAUUCCGCAAAUUAUGGAAGCAAAUUGGCAAUAACAUCGACAACUAUGCUUGCUAUCCUCGUAUCGUAGGUGAAAGUGGCGGGAAAAACUACCAUAUCGUAUUCGGCGAUCUUGACUCUGCUGGUGUAAAACAUGCAGCUAUUCAAACGAUUCGUGGUGCCUUUGAAUUCCAAGGCCAAAAGUGUUCUGCAUGCAGCCGUGCCUAUGUACCCAAGAGCAAGUAUGAAGAAUUCAAGGGGUACCUUUUGGAACAACAUGCAAAGAUCAAGCAAGGUUCUCCUCUUCAAGUGGAAAACUUUAUGGGUCCCGUUGUCAGUCGCUUUUCUUUUGAUAAGAUCAAGGGCUAUAUCGACCAUGCAAAGUCAAGUGGUGAUUGCAAGAUCCUUGCUGGUGGCGUUUGUGAUGAUUCAGUGGGUUACUUUAUCCAGCCUACUAUCAUUGAAACGACCAACCCAAACACUAAAACCAUGGUUGAGGAAAUCUUUGGCCCUGUGGUGACAUUGUAUGCUUAUGAUGAUGACAAGGUGGAGGAGACCUGCAAGUUGAUUGGUGAUACCACUGAGUAUGCUCUUACGGGUGCUGCCUUUGCCAAGAACCGUGAGACCAUUGUCAAGGCAUCCAACCUCUUGCGUCGCACCGCUGGUAACUUUUAUAUCAAUGACAAGUGUACAGGUGCUGUUGUUGGUCAACAACCAUUUGGUGGUGGAAGCGCUUCCGGUACCAACGACAAGGCUGGUAGCUGGUCAUUGUUAACACGCUUUGUAUCUAUGCGCAGUAUCAAGGAGAAUUUUGUUCCUAUUGAUGACUUUAUUUACCCAUCCAACUUCCAAUAG